AUGAAAUCCGAUCCCGUCAUUGAGAGGAUUAAGACCCGUGUGGCUGGUGUUGAUCCCAAUGGACCCAGGAAAGUUCUCGGUAUCUUCCAGCUCAACAUUAAAGCCGCUGAUGGUGUGCACAACUACAUUGUCGAUCUGAAGGGCCUCAAAGUCAGCGAUGGUGUCGUGGACAAUCCCGAUGUGACUCUCAACGUUGAAGAUGAGGAAUUCUUCCUCAUCGGCACCAAGCAGAUCGCCAUCCCAGAAGCCGUGUCUCAGGGCAAAAUUGAAAUCAUCGGCGACAAGACACUCGCUAAUGCUCUCAUUGAGAAACUCACCGAGUAAACAGGAUCAUCUCCGCACUGAGAUCACCCUCACAACCCCGAGGAAUGCAACUCACUGAAUGAUGAAGAUUUCUUUGGAAAAUAAUGAAGAAGAAUGAUUCAAUAAAAUAUCUCUAAGUGUUCAUUUUAAUGCACUAA